AUGUCCAAAAAUCUCAUCAUUGGCAUAGACGUCGGAGGCACAAACUCUGACCUUGUGGUGCUCGACCCUGCGCGGCUGGACGCUGCCGACCGCGGAGUGCUCGCGUGGCACAAGUCAACGACCACGCCGGACGUGUCUGUCGGCAUCGAGAAUGCCAUCAAGGCCGUUCUGGACGCGCCAGACAGCCGGUUCUCAAAAGAUCAAAUCGCCACCGUCACAAUUGGCACCACGCACUUCAUCAAUGCCGUCGUCGAGCGCGACUCGAACCGGCUCGAAAAAGUGGCCGUGCUGCGUCUCGCAGGGCCGUACGGCAGAAGCUCGCCGCCGUUCAGCGACUUUCCCGACGACCUUGCAGCAAUCAUCAACGGCUACUCGGCCGUGCUCGACGGCGGUGUGCAGGUGGACGGCACGGAAAUCAGGCCGCUAAACGAGUCUGAGAUCAGGCAGCACUGCCACCGAAUUAGACAACUGGGACUUCGCACCGUCGUCGUCGUGGCUACGUUUGCGAGCGUCGACAGCACGCACGAGCUACGUACGGCCCAGAUCGUCCGCGAGGAGAUUCCUGGCUGCGACGUGGUGCUGUCGCACCGAAUUUCCGGCAUCGGCAUCAUCGAGCGCGAGAACGCUGCGAUUUUGAACGCCGCGAUCAAACGGUUCGGCCGAAAAAUUAUCUCGUCCUUUAUCCACGCAGCCAGACGCAACGGGCUCGACUGCUCGAUUCUGCUGUCCCAGAACGAUGGCACCGUGCUUUCUGUGCAGGACGCGCUGGAAAUGCCCGUGAGAACGUUUUCGUCGGGAGCCACCAACUCGAUGCGCGGAGCUGCCAUUCUGUGCUCGCAGGAUCCUGCCGUCAAAGGCAGAAACGUGAUGGUGUGCGAUGUCGGGGGAACCACCACCGAUGUGGGCAUGCUGCUGGCAAGUGGGUUCCCCCGCCAGUCGGCCACGUACUCGUACGCGGGCGGCGUGAGAAUCAACUUUUCGAUGCCGCAUGUGGAAAGCAUUGGACUGGGCGGUGGGUCGAUUGUGCGGCACGAAAACGGCCGCGUCACUGUUGGCCCAGACUCCACGGGUGCAGAAAUCGUCAGCAAGGGUGUUCUGUUUGGCGGAGACACCGUCACGGCGUCUGACUUGACCAUUGCAAAAAUGGUUGACGAAAAGGCGAAGGUGGACAACACUUGUCUUAUGGGAGACCCAAGCAGGGUGGCAGGCCGGUUUGGGGCCGAGUUCAAGGCCGAGUUUGAGAAAACCGUGGCAUCGAAGCUGGAGAGCGUCAUCGACCGCAUGAAGACGUCGCCAGACGAUAUUCCGACCAUUUUUGUCGGCGGCGGCUCCUUUAUUGCACCAGACAGCCUGAAGGGCACGUCCAAAGUGAUCAAGCCGCCGUUCUUCCAGGUUGCAAACGCCAUUGGUGCUGCUUUGGGCAAGAUGUCGUCCGAAGUGUCAGAGAUGAGACACACCGACGGAACGGAAAAAGCUAAGCAGCAGACGGUUGAAGAGCUGACGUCUCGCGCUGUUGAAGCUUGUGUGGCCAAGGGAGCACUUAGAGACUCUGUUGAGGUCGUCAGCGUCGUCUCCGAUGCCCUGCCAUACGUCGACAACGUGUACUUCUUUUCCGUCAAGGUUAUUGGCGACGUUGACUACGCAAGGGCGUUUGAAUCGACCAAGUCGCUCGCUGCCGUGGACUACGCGGGUGAGGAGGUAUUCAAGAACGCAAAUGCCGAAAAGUGUGCCCCGGCUACAAUUAAUUACGAAACGUACCAGCCACGCGUGGAAAAUAGCGAGUGGAUACUGUCGCCAACAGACAUCGAUUUUAUUGGUGCUGGAGCGUACAUUCUUGGUUGUGGGGGUGGGGGCAACCCCAACAGCUCUGUGGUGGAGCUCAAGCGGAUGAUCACGCAAGGUGCCGAGAUCAAGGUGGUGACUUUGGAGGAGUUCUCGCGGAGAACUGGGGGCAAGGGCACGGCUCCGACCGUUGGCUACUGCGGCUCGCCCACGAUCUCAGGCGAACGCUUGCACGGGGACGAGAUGCUCGAGGCAUUUGAUAUUAUAGAGCGCUGGGAAGGAAAAAAGGCCGACGGCGUGCUGCUCUUUGAAAUAGGAGGUGGCAACGGGCUGUCUGGUCUCUGGACGGCGUACCACAAGAACGUCCCAUGUCUCGACUUGGAUCUCAUGGGAAGAGCGUACCCCACGCAAUGGCAAUCGCUGCCUUCGGUUUGCAACGACGGUCACGGGUUCCCAUACGGUUCUCUGUCGGACGGCAACGGUUUGUCGCUUUUGAUCACUUCCGCCAAGGACGACGUCCAGAUGGAGGAAAUUAUCAGAGACGCAAUGUACCAGCACGGCGUCUCGUGUGCCUGUGUGGGGGCCUCGUUGGACGUGGACAGAAUGGCCCGGGAGACGAUCAAAAACCCGCUCUCGAUGGCCUGGCGAAUUGGCCGCCAGGUGUUUUGUGCGCGCGCCGCCUCUGACCUUGACAAUCUUCCGCAGAGGAUCAUUGACGCCUGCGGCGGUCCGGAUACCGCCCAGUGCGUUUUCAAGGGCAAGAUUGUGUCUGUGGAAAAAAAGCUGCAACGCGGCUACGGCUACGGCGUCGCAGAGCUAGAAAGCGUCGAUGGCCCAAAAUCAAAGAUCCGCGUCCCGUUCAAGAAUGAGAACAUUGUUGUUUAUGAGGUUGACGAACACGGCGGUGAAAAGGCCCUGUGUUCUGUGCCAGACCUGAUCACGUUUGUCGACAUGGACGGAAACGCUGUCGGUACGCAGGACUACAGAUACGGGCUGAUUGUGCACGUAAUAGUGAUAGCGGCGUCUGACCAGUGGACCACACCAAGGGCGGUGGCUGUGGGCGGACCCAAAGGGUUUGGCAGCGCUUUCGAGAAGAUUGAGUACGUCCCGGUCGGCAAGUACGUGGAGCCAGUUCCCGUUUGCACGGAGUAUAAUGUCUCUACUUAG